AUGGCAGAGCGCAUCCCUGCGCGAACCCCACCAGUUCCCGUUGUGUCCGCUGCGCUGCCCACCGAUCCCGACUGCUCCGCGCUUUCCCCACAUUCUGUUUCGCCGCCUUCCCCGUCGCAGCCGACGUGCAUUCCGCGUCGCGGGAAGGCGUCUGGAGCAGUCGACAGUAGUGAGCGCGCGCGUCAUCGCAGGCCGCGGGUGCCGAAGUGGGAUCGGGAGGAGGCGGACGAGGACGAGUCGUUUGCGGGCGGCAGCAGUGUGGCGCCCAGCGAGGGCAGCGGCGGUAGCUGCGAGCCCUGGAGCAUGGAGGACCAUUCCGCCGCCACCGCCACUGCCACGCCCACAUCAGCCCUCGCGUCAGCGUCGCCUGAUGCCGGACUAGACGAGCUCCUCGCGGACUUUGCGCAACUACUAACCAGCUCCCACAAGUUGUUUCAGGCGGGUGCGGAGGAGGAGGCGCGCAGCGAGGGGGCGGCGGAAGCAUCAGGGUUGGCGGACGACGCAGCGGCCGUGGGGCUGCUGCUGCCGUCGCGGUCGCCCAACUCCACGCUGGCGGACGGGGAGCGGGAGGGCGAGGGCGAGAGCCAAUGGGAGCGUCGCAUCCGCAAUGUCACGGACUGGUCCCGCCGCCCUGCAAGCGCGUGCGGGCGGGUCUCUGUGCGCCCGUCGUCCGCCGCCGCGUCCCCCUCUUCCCGCCUGUCCCCGCAAGAGCAGUGUCUGGACGACAGCCAGCUCUCCAUGCCGCGCCAAUUCACCCCCGACGUCUUCUCCGCCUCCUCGCCCUUCUCGUCCCCCUCGCGCGCCCCCCCGCGCUCGCUCUUCGACGACCCCAUGCUCAGCGAGUUCUCGUCCGCGCCCGCGCAAACCAGACUCAACCCCCACCGCACGUCCAAUGACGGGUCGGACGGCGCGGACGGGGCGGGAGGCGAGGGGGAGGACGCGGAGGAAGAGGGCGAGGAGUCGCUGAGCGAUGAGAUGGCGAGGGUGACGGCGGGACCGUCGCCGGAGCACUCGGGGGCGUCGUCGCCCAACAUACUGGUUCUGGACACGCCGUCAGAUUCAGGCACCGUCACCACGCACUCGUCUCUCAACAUGGGGCUGCCGCCGCGCCGCUCCGACCACCACAGCAAGGCGCCCGUGUCCUUCACCGGCGUCGCCCCCCGCGCUGCCCAGUCCGUGCCCUCGUCCCCGCCCGUCACCGCGCUGCCCUCCCCCGACCGCGCGCUGGCGGCCGCGCGCGAGCGCGACAAGGACUCGACGGCGCGGCUGCGCGCAGUGGGGCGGUCCGUGAGCAUGAAGCUGUUCCGCUCCGCUGGGGCCCCGGGGCCUGGUGGGCCGCACUCCAACCGACCACCGCUGCCACGCAACCAGCAGGGGCAGAAGGGCGCGUCGGAUAAGGAUAAGGAGAAGGGUGGGGGAGGGGGCAGCGGCAGCGGUAGCGCGUUGCUGACGUGCCCCGAGUGGGAGCAGCUGUACGGACUGGCGAAGCGGAUAGCCAAGGACGUUAGCCUCGCGCAAUGCGGCGACGCGUACAGGGGUGCGCGACUGGCGGUGCUAAAGGAAGCGGUGAGCGCGCUGGGGGUGGAGGCGUUGGAGGGGCGCGACCUGCAGGCGCUGCCGUGGGGCGACAUGGAGCAGGUGCUGCGCACAUGGCUGCUCCACACGCAUGCUCUGGUGGCAGUGCAUCUGGACGGGGAGAGGGCGCUCUUUGCAUCGGUCAUAGGGCGCCUGGGUGUGGGCACGCUGACCGUCUUCACCACGCUGCUCACGGACUCGGGGCUAGUGGCGGCGCUACGAGUGCAGGCCAGCAACGCCAACGCACUGCUGGCCACGCCAUGCCUGCCUGAGAAGCUCUUUGCCUACCUGGACGCCUUCUGGCUCUGCCGCUCCUCCGUUGCCUCGGUGGAGGAGGCGGCCAAGGCAGCGGAGGACACGGCACUGGCGGGCAUGUGGGUGGAGCUGCCGGGCAAGCUGGCGCGCGCAGCAACGAGCUGCAUUGACGAGGUCGUGGCUGUGCUCAAGGUGUCCGCGGGCUCCUCCGCUUCCAUGGCCAAGCGCUCCGUCACCCACCGCCUCAGGCUGAGUCGGAGCAGCAAGGGCAUGGAGACGAGUGGCGAGGGGCAGGUGGAUGCCACCGUGCAUCCCAUCACCAGCUAUGUCGUCAACUACGUGCGCCAGAUCAUGGACAAGAACAUAGCGGGCAGCUACGGGUGCAUACUGCAGGCGGCGAUCGAGGAGCAUUUCCCUGAGCGAACCAGUGUGGAGGCGGUGGGCAUGAAGGUGCUGGAAGCAUUGGAGGCGAACCUGGAGGCCAAGGCUGCACGCUGCCAUGACGACAUGACCAAGAUGCUCUUCUUCGUCAACAACUUCUGCUACAUCUGCAACCACCUCUCGGACUCGCCCUUCAAGUGCACGCAGUCAUUCAAGCAGAAGCAGGAGCGCAGCGCCCAGUCCUUCGCCACCAUCGCCCUCUCCAAGCUGCAUGGAGCCCUGGGUCCCAAGGGCCACAGCCAGGGCUACGACAGGGGCGAGGUCCGCAACAGGCUGAAGCGGUUCAACCGGCUGUUUGAGGAGCUGGCGCUGCAGCAGAAGGACUGGGUGAUCACGGACGACAAGAGCCGCAAGGAGGUGCGGCGCCUGCUGGGCGCCUCCAUCAAAGACCACUACAUGGACUUCCUCACCCCCCACCGGGACGUGUUGACGGACAUAUCAACGUACCAGUGGACGCCAGACGGCAUAGAGCGCAUGGUGCUCAAGUCCUUCCUGCUGGGCCGUGGAGCCGUGCCCUUCGCCACCUCCAUGUCAGCGCCCAACCCCCAUCAUCGCCCCUGUGACCCCCCACUCCUCCCACCCCCUCCCCUCCCCCGGCCCCCCUGCAUCCCUGUCCUACCUCCCCCCCGCCCUCCCCAACCCCCUGCCUUCUCUUCCCGCGCCUCCCCUCCUCUCCCUUCCCUCCCUCCUCUCCCCCCUCGCCCCCCUCUCCCCAUGCCUCUGCCCAUGCCCCCGCCCCCACGCGGCCCUCUGCCCCCUCCCUCCCCCCUGCCUCCUUCCCCCCCUCCUCCCCUGCUACGCACAAUGCCCUCCAGCGGCUCACCGCGCUCCACCGCUCUCUCCACCAGCAUUGCCAUCUGCUGGUCGCGCCGCGACACCAGAGUCGUCACACGCCCUGGGGGAGGGGCACGCACGGACGGACAGACACACAUGGCGCACAGGCACGGGGCACACAAGAGAGUGGGAAAGAGGAUUGCGGUGGUCGCACAGAAGAGCACAAGCAUGGCUGUUUCCUCUCGUCUCGCAUCACCCAUCUCUCUUACAACACGUUUUAAAUAA